CCACGGGACCCGGUGUGCAGGAGAAGUUUCUGCGGCUGCCAACAACAACAUCUGUGGGGUUGGAGUGGCCUACAACUCCAGGGUGGCAGGCAUCCGGAUGUUGGACCAGCCAUUCAUGACUGACAUCAUCGAGGCCUCCUCCAUCAGCCACAUGCCACAGCUGAUUGACAUCUACAGUGCCAGCUGGGGCCCCACGGACAACGGCAAGACAGUGGAUGGGCCCCGGGAGCUCACGCUACAAGCCAUGGCCGACGGUGUGAACAAGGGCCGUGGCGGCAAAGGCAGCAUCUAUGUGUGGGCCUCUGGGGAUGGUGGCAGCUAUGACGACUGCAACUGUGACGGCUACGCCUCCAGCAUGUGGACCAUCUCCAUCAACUCAGCCAUCAACGAUGGCAGGACUGCAUUGUAUGAUGAGAGCUGUUCCUCCACCUUGGCCUCCACCUUCAGCAAUGGGAGGAAGAGGAACCCCGAGGCUGGCGUGGCGACCACAGAUUUGUAUGGCAACUGUACUCUGAGGCAUUCUGGGACAUCCGCGGCUGCUCCUGAGGCCGCCGGCGUGUUCGCACUGGCUUUGGAGGCUAACUUGGGUCUGACCUGGCGAGACAUGCAGCAUCUGACUGUGCUCACCUCCAAACGAAACCAGCUUCAUGACGAGGUCCACCAGUGGCGGAGGAAUGGAGUCGGCCUGGAGUUUAAUCACCUCUUUGGCUAUGGGGUCCUGGAUGCAGGCGCCAUGGUGAAAAUGGCUAAAGACUGGAAAACUGUACCCGAGAGGUUCCACUGUGUGGGAGGCUCCGUGCAGGACCCUGAGAAAAUACCAUCCACUGGCAAGUUGGUGCUGACACUCACAACCGACGCCUGUGAGGGGAAGGAAAACUUCGUCCGCUACCUCGAGCACGUCCAGGCUGUCAUCACAGUCAAUGCAACCAGGAGAGGAGAUCUAAACAUCAACAUGACGUCCCCUAUGGGCACCAAGUCCAUUCUGCUGAGCCGGCGUCCCAGGGAUGACGACUCUAAGGUGGGCUUCGACAAGUGGCCUUUCAUGACCACUCACACGUGGGGGGAAGAUGCCCGAGGAACCUGGACCCUGGAGCUGGGGUUUGUGGGCAGCGCCCCCCAGAAGGGGGUGCUGAAGGAGUGGACCCUGAUGCUGCAUGGCACACAGAGUGCCCCCUACAUCGACCAGGUGGUGAGGGAUUACCAGUCCAAGCUGGCCAUGUCCAAGAAGGAGGAGCUGGAGGAGGAGCUGGAUGAAGCCGUGGAGAGAAGUCUCAAGAGCAUCCUCAGCAAGAACUAAUGCCCACAGUCGCCCCCUGUGCCCUCCUGCCCUGGCUCAGUCUCUGUCCUCGCCCCUCAGUUCUGGCAGCCACCCAGCAAUUACUAUCACCUAUCCAAGCAGUUCUGUCUUCUCCAUCUGAAGCUUUGCUCACCAUCAAUGAUUAUUUUCAUUACCAUGGAAACCAUCUUUUUUACUCUGUGCCCCAAAUAUAGUGUUCCCACCAACAUCUGUGUCCUGUGUGUGACUCUACAUUCCUUAUUUCUGUCCUUCCAAGGGGUGAUAUCCUGCAAACAAAACUGGGACAUCUUUCCCCCUCAAUUUUCUUUUUCAUUUCUGAGGAAAGAAGAGAAUGCAUUUGAAAAGUCACACAUGGUGACUCCAAGAACGUUGAUCCAUGACCUCAACUCAGGAGUGGUCGCGUAACAAGAAAAUCAAAGCCGAAGACUUAGGGGGAGCUUUCCAUCUCUGAAAGCACAGGAGAUGCUGGAAAUUCUUUGGGGAACGGUGUUUCAAAUUCAGCAAGGUUUUCUAAGGACAUAGGUUAAGGUGGCAUGAUUUGGAAGAUGCCAUCCUGGCUAAGUGCAGUGGCUCACGCCUGUAAUCCCAACACUUUGGGAGGCCAAGGGGGGAGGAUUGCUUAAACCCAGGAUUUCGAGACCAACCUGGAUAAUAUAACAAGACCUCAUCUCUAAAACACAAACAAAAACACCACAAAGAAAGAUGCCGUCCGUAGGGAACCCUAGUUACUGGUGGAAAAAAGAAAGUCUUGAAUGUUUUACCACCAACACCAAGAUCAAGAGCCCCUCUCCUCAGCCAGCGUGGUGAAUACGAAACCUACAGAGCAAUGGCCCUGCUCUCACCAGCUGCUGCUCUAAGUCAAGUUCAAUUCUGCUAGUGCAGCCCAGAUGCCUCUCAGUUUGUAUAGAGUUCAUCCCAGCCCCAAUUUUCUGGGACUUCCCACCUAGCUAUCCAACAGAGAAACAAAAUGACCACAAGUCUGGAAAUACAUCUGGUGAGAGUAUCUCUCUGGUUUUUCUAAGCCACGUUGAGGCCUCUUUAUCUGAUGUGAAUGAGAGACGAGGGGAGUAUUUUUUUUGACAGCUUUACACACACACGUGGACUUUGAUUUCCAAAACAUGUAAUUGGAGAGAAAUACCAUACUCCCUCAUGUGGUGAUGUCACUUGUGUGGUGGGAAAAGGCCUCCAAUUGGGAAGAGCAUGUGACAGAGGAAGGGGCAUAUUUGGAGGUAGGAGCGCCAUCUUGGCAUGGCUGUCCACUUGUGAGAUGAGGAGCCCUUCCACCAGCACAGGGCCAUGCCUGUCAUCCCAGAGGAGCCUCAGUUAGGAAGGCACAUCAUGACCAUCUUGGCACGAAAUCCGUGAGAACAUUUGACACACAACCCAAAAUGUUAUAGUCGUCCAUCCCAAAAGACACCACUUCAUUUCCAAAGUUACCCUUUGUCACUUGGUCACCCACCCAAGGAUUGGCAUCUCUUCCCCAAUCCCAAAGCACACUCAUUCCCAAGAAAUAAUUGUUCUUCAACCACUCUUGGGUCUGUCCCUCCCUUCCCGUCCCUCCCUUCCUGUGGGAGCAUGUCACUCAGCCUGGGCUCCUUUAUAUAAACCCAGCAGGUGGCCACUUUAAGAAAGAAGUUCAGAAACCCCAUUUUCUUUCUUUUCUCCCCCAUAUUGGCAUGAACUUCUGUCUUCUCUAACACCGUGUGACCCUCUGUAUAUCAUGCUUUAAAGUGUAAUCAUAUGAUUUUAUAAAAGAAAUUUAUUACUUGUUGCAAGGAUCUUUUUAAACCAGUUUAGAUUUAAAGAAAAAUAAAUAAAUGGAAUCAUUGAAAAUUCAUUUCACAUUAAUGGUCUGAAAAUAAACCAAAGGACAUUAUGUGUGCAUGUGUGUACAAGUGCACACAGAAAUAUAUAUACAUAUGUAGACUAUAUACAUGUGUGUAUAUAUGUGUAUAUAUAUACACUUGUAUAAAUGUAUAUACACACAUAUACCUAAAGUGUGUGUAUGUGUAUUUAUUGAAGAAACAUGCACCAUCUUCAUCUCUAAAAGAAUAUUCAGAGAUUAUCAAGAUGAUUCUGGCUGAAGAAAAAGCCGGUGGAAAUUCAGGUGAAAAUGUUCAUCAGUUCCCAUUCUGUCACCUCUGUAAUUUUGCAGCUUUCUGUAUAAACAUUAAAUGUCUUAUAUAGCAGCAAAAAUACAAAAUAGUUGUCCAUAUUUUCACAGUUGUGGUAUAAUUUAUGAAAUUAGAAAGUAACUUAUCAGCUUCUUCAUAGAAAUGACAAGUUUUGAUAUGAGUAUACAGUAUAUAAAAAUAUAUAUAGUGCUAUAUAUAAAUACUUGGUCUCUAUUUAAUUUUUUGCACCAGUCUUAACACUAUAAUAUGUCUAGCAAGUGAUGUUUUUAUGAUAUUCCUGAUCCUCACAGGAGAAAGUUAUUUAUAGUCAUUUAUUUUAAAAAAUGAAAAUAAGUGAAUAAGGAUUCAUCAGGUUAACAUUGUUGCUCCCUGUGACAAAAUUUUAUAAGCAAAUUUCAAAAGACAUGUUGUAAAUUAGGAAGUUCAACAAUAAAACAUUAACUUCCAGAAA